AUGGGGAAGAAGGGUGGGAAGAAGAAGGGCAAGAACAUCAGCCCGGAGGAGCUGGCGCAGAAGCAGCAGGCCGAGGAGGAGGAGAGGAAGCGGAAGGAGGACCAGAAAGAGGCCAACCGGUUGAGAGAAAGUUGCGUCAUGGAGGAGAACCACCUCCAGCAGUUUCUGAUGGAGAGGGAGAAGAUAAUAUACUUCUGGAUCGUAGAGAAGAAGACGCUCACCGAGAAGCAGGCAGACUUGCGAAACAAGGAGCGGGAGUACCAGGAUCUGGAAGAGAGGCAGCAAAUCGAGCUGAAGAUGUUCCAGCAGCGGUUGAAACACCUGCGGUACCAUCAGCAGGACGAGGUAGUGGAGCUGAAAACAGACGCGGAGGUGGCACUGAAGCUCCAGGAAGACCACCACCGUGUGACUGAGGCGGAGAUCAAGAAGGACAAGAGGUCGCUGAAGGUCGAGAAGAAGGAGGCGGAAGUUUCCCAGGACGACUUCGUCAGGGCAUUAAAAUUGGAGCAAGACCAGAGGAUCUUGGAGCUGCGACAGGAAUACGACCGGAAAGCCAGAGACAUGCAGCAGAAGUAUGAGUUGAGAAUGAAGGGGAUCCGCGACGAGAUGGAGAAGCAGCGUCGCAAGCAGAUCCAGAAGAUUGAGGAGGCGAAAAAUGCGCAGAUCCAAAGAGUCAUGGGGAAGAACUCCAAGGACUUUGCCGAGAUCAAGAUAUAUUAUACAGAUAUCACCGCGUCGAAUCUGGACUUGAUCAAGCGGCUAAAGGAGGAACAUUCAGAGAUAAAAAAGCGCGAAAACGACAAUGCAAAGAUGAUGUUCGACUUAGAGAACAAGAACAAACAGCUCAAGGAGCCGCUGAAGAAAGCACACCAAGAUGUCGAGGACUUAGAGAGGGAACUCCAGGCGUACGAGGAAGACAAGAAGAAGCUAGCCAGCGUCAAGGAGAAGAUCAAGCAGUCCGACACUCUCCUCCACAGGAUGGAGUUCCAGCACGAGGUGCUACAGCAGCAGCUGAGGACCACGAGCUCCGAGCGAGAUGACCUCUACUCGAAGUUCCAGAAUUCAAUUUACGAUGUGCAGCAGAAGGCUGGCCUGAAGAACUUGAUCCUGGAGAAGAAGAUCGACGCCAUAGAUGAUGCUCUCGAGACGGCAAAUGCGCAGCUGACAGAGAUUCUGGCCGCUGCCAAUCUCGACCAGGGCGCUGGAGGCGGCAUCGCAGAGAGCCUCGACCAGGCGGUGGCCGUCAAGGACGACAUCGCCGCUCAGCUCCAGGACGAAGUCGACCGCAUCAGGGACAUGCACCGGACGAUGGUGAAGACCUACGAGUCCAAGCUGGCCGAGUACGGCAUCCCAGCCGAGGAGCUUGGCUUCACCCCAGCCGUGCAGUGA